AUGUUGUGGAAUAUGGCUCUUCUUGGCAGUUUGUUCCUUGCUAUCUUAUUAGGUAUUUAACAAUAUCACCUACCGGCAGGGGCACCCAACGAGAAUAUAGUUCAAAACCACUUAAGCAUUGCAUUGUUAAACGUAUUUUCGUAUUUAAACGGUAGAUAUAGGCAUAUUUUUUUCCCCUAAAAAUUUUUCAUCUGUUCGGAUUUCCUAGCUGAUAGUCUGGUGAUCCGAAAAUAAUAGGGAUCAAAACUUCCUUUUUCGAACAUUUCAUCCAGAAAAAAGGCUCCCGAAAAUUCUAGGUGACAUUUUUAGAGUAAAAAUCCGUUAAAAAUAGGCAAUUAUACCAUUUUUUACAUGUUCGAAAAUCCUAGGAGAGGCAGGCAAGCAAGAAAUUUUACAACAAAUGUUUCGAAAAUUCUAGAUCUCAAAUCGUCUUCCGAAAAGAUAUUCUUCCGAAAAUUGUCGUUGGGUGCCCCUGCUACCGGUUUAAUCAGUUGCAGGUGUUUAUCGUCACGGUACAUAUCUUCCAUAAUCACUUCCGCAGAGUGUGGCAGAACUUCUGUCAUUUUAGUCUGGUGUCUAUAAGGCUUUCAGAAGAAUUAAAAAGUUAAAAAGGCGACUUCAAAAUUAAAAUUAUUUGAAUAUUUGACGAACUCUUUCAUAAGCUUUCACAAUUACUAUUUUUAAGUGAAAGCCAGAAUCAAUAUUUUUUUAUUUUUAAUUAAACUUCCAAGACUGGUUCACGUCCUCUGCGGAAGGUGUGUUAGAAAAGAAAGAGAGGCCCUUAUUUAUAUUACGUGAUUUCUAUAUGCUAUCUCUAUUAACUUAAUUUCAUCGUCUUUGUUUUUUUUUGUUUGUUUACGUGUUUUCUUUUUUCUCGGGCGGUAAUAAACUCCGGUUUUCCAUGUCAGCUCUACUUUACACUUGUGGCGGUGUGCCAUUCCACUGAAGCGGCACACGAGGUGGGGGCACUCCCUAUAAACGGCUUACACGGUGAGGUUCCGUCCGUCAGGUAUUAUAAAGUGGUAGAGAAGUUUAUGUAAGGGCGAAGAAAUUCAUCGUUUAGGUAUUUAACACGGGACCUUCAAUCAAAAUAUUUCAAACAGCCACACUAUACAAUUCAUCAUUUUAACGUAUUCAAAGGUGCAUGAAAAUGAAAAGAAAACUUCCUGUUUUAGAGAUAUUUUUAAGAAGGACUAGUUACAGUAGUUUAAAAAAUGAAAAUUGAUCUUUGUGAAAGGUGUACCAUUUUUAUUUGAAGAGACGAAAACGGUUAAGGGAAAGUCUCAAUCAAGAAAACUUUGCGUAUCCGCCGCCCUCUACCCGAGGCCAGAGCGGAAGUUCCUUUCUUUUCUCUAUUUAUUUUCAUCAUUUCUAAAUUAAGAAAUGAAACUGAAAUUCAGUUUUUUCCUGUAAUACUAGUCCUUUCGAAAACAAUCAUUUCAAACACGAAGUAGGGAGGCACAAAUUAGCGAAAAAAAAAAACGGAAGCUGGCUUAUCAAAGACUAUACAGUUUGUAUUAUUUUCUUGUAGAGGCUGGAAACGCAGGAGUCGCAGACCUGACAAAGAUGCUAAACGAGUAAGUUUUUCCCACAAGUACUCUGGCAUUAACACGAACUUCUUUAUAGGGCGUAUUAUUAUCUUGUUGUUGUUUGGCCUAAGUAGGAUGAAUCGGAAGAGUUUUAUUCAGUUAAUGGUGUGAUCACAAGCCGUAACGAUUAAUAAUAAUAAUAAUAAUAAUAAUAACAAUAAUAAAAUUAAGAAAAAGCUUCAAAUCUUAACACCAAAAUAAAAAUGGCUAAAAAGUUGUUAAAAAAAAGUUAUAAAUAUGCUUUUUUAAAAAGGAAAGGUUUUAAGUCUGUUUUUAAAAACGGACACUGAGGAGCUAUUCUUAAUGUCAGACGGCAGAGUAUUCCCGCCAGAGUGUGGGGGUAAUUGGAUGACAUGAAGUUCUGUUACCUAUAAAUAUCAUAGCAGGAUCUUCCAAGAAGUCUUGCUAGUCAUAGGAAGGGCCAAGUCAAGUGCAACUGCCUGUUGCGAGAUGGCGUGCUCUGUCCUACUAUAGUGUCCUAUCAAUGCUGUCGUAAGUGCUGCCGAUAGCCAAUCAGAUGAGAGAGUUUUGUGUAAAGUGCUACUAUUGAUAUUUAGAUGAAGCAGCACAAUGUAACACUGCGGAAUUUAUAAUGACGAUGCAUGGUGAUAAUGAUGACGACGGCGGUGAUUAUGAUUAUUACUAUAUUAUUUCAUUUGUUACGAAGCAUACUCUUGUUCUUAAGUGCUACAGUCCAUGCAUGGAGCAACUUAUUUUGCUUGAAGUAGGACAGUGACGUUUACUUUAAUUCCAAUGUCUCUUUCCAGGAUGAACGAGGACGAACCAAUUUGCAUUUCAUAUGGUGUCUUCAAUAUUGCCGCGAGAAGAACGCGCAAACAGGGUGGUUACUGCAAUGAUAUCAUUGGUAAUCAGCCAAUUAUUGCAACGCCAAAGGAUAUGUUCUACUACGAUGACAGCAUGUGGCGCUGGCAGUAUCAGGCAGUUAGCUAUCGCAGCUGGGCUUCAUUAGAUAUUUCCGAGGGAAAAAAAUCUGACAGACUGUCUGAGAUAGACCAAUGUUUCAAACAAAUCGACGAUAUAUAUUGUCACUACUACUAUAAACGCUGCUACAUUGAUUCUAAACCGCAGCCGAUUUGCAGAGAGGCAUGCGAGGACUUACAGUUUAAACACUGCAAGCGAGAGUUUAGGGAAGCCUUAAAGAUGAAUUUUGAGAGAAGGGACCGGAGGAUUUAUCAAUAUCACUGGGAUAUCAUCAACUGCACCACUCUUCCGUAUCGAAAUGAAACGACAAAUUGCUACUAUCCUAACCAUGACCAAGGUGGGUAGAGAAAGAGACUACUUGUAAAUCGUAAUUUAUCAGUAAUGAUAGUAAUAUUUGUAAACCUCAAAUUAGUCAGCGCCAGCUAAUAUUGGCGGCCGAAAGCCAAUAUUAAACAUUGCUUAGCUAUUUGAAAAUUUGGGCUUCCAUAUAAGAACAAUUUUGGACAAUUUUUCUCGUCUUCAGCUAAGUAAAGGAUCGAUGAAUUAAAGAAAUGAAAUCCAAACAAUAGCAGAUUUUUGGACACAAUAGUUAGAAUCCUACCAAACGCAAAAGCCAUUUCAGCGGAGAUACUUUGUAAAUUAUAUAUAAGCAAUAAAUUGUAGUUUACGUGCUUGCAGACGUCAUCACCUUUGUUUUUGAAGUACCAUUCAUAUUUUGGCAUUAUAUUAAUGUUGACGGAGUAAGUUGAAUCACUCUCAAAAAAUAUUACAAAGUACGAUGGAAUUAUUACAAAUUGCGACAGCUUUUUUAUUACAAAGUGCGACACGGUUUAUUACAAACUGCGACAGGUAUUACAAAGUGCGAUGAUUACUACGAAUUGCGACAGUACAUAUGUAUUCUUAGUUUAUUACAAAGUGGGAUGGACAGUAAUCACAAAUUGUGACAGCUUUUUUAUUACAAAUUGCGACAGUACAUACGUCAUCUGGGCUUCUGAAACAACCUCUCUUUGGUUUUUCUUAAUUUUUUGUUUUAUUUUAGGAGCAGCCUAUUCUCGAUUACGUUGUAAAGUCCCGUAGGAAGAGCUUUGAGCCUGAGCCUUGGUUCGUACCCAGAUUUCCUGCCCGUAUUUUUUCCCUUCGGGCUUUUUUUGGGCAGGUUUAUUUCUGUUGCAAGCGGUAGCUCAGCUCUGCUAGUUUUUAGCUUUCUUCCCGUUUCUUAUCUUAUGUACUUUUAUGGUUAUCGCAGUUUUACACCUGCUCCUAUACCUAAUAUAUUUGGUUUCUAUGUAUGCUUAGGUCAGCUGUCCCGGAACCGCUCUCCAAGCGGCGACAAAAGUCUAGUUUGACGUCGUUAGCCAUUUGUUCAGUCAGUUUUUCCGGCGCCUAGCCUCUGUGCUUCUGCAGUGUUCCCUGUCUCAGUUAUCCGUUGAUCAGAAUUUUAUUACGUUUUGCCCAGCCUAACUGGCGACCGAACAGGCACUAAGCCUGCGUGCUUUAUGGGGGAUUCAGGUCGAGUUCGACCAGUUGUAGCAGUUCUUUCGUUUUGUGAAAGCUAGUUUACGAGUGUUGUACAUUAGUUACUUACCUAUUGCUGUGUUUACAUACGUACUUUGCAGGGUUGGUACUCUCCAAGCCGUCCCAAAAUAAACUUAUUUGCCUUUUCAUUCUGCCUGUUGCUGUUGUGCAGUGGAGUCAAAAUAGAAGGAUGCAAUCUGAAAUUCUCUCCACUAGUUAUCAAACAUUCAAAAGUAAAUAAUUUAUUAUCCUCUUCUGUUUUAUUUCCAAUUAGAAAAAGUUGACGUCCUUGAGACUAAAGGUAAGAAAAAUUUCUUUUUUUGACGUCAUAAUCGAAAAGAAAUCUUAAAUAGCUUUAAAAUCUUUUUUAAAUGAUGUUAUUUUGUAUUUCCGCAGUUCACAUCAUCUUCAUGUUUAAAAUCUUUGUUUUAAUAGUCUGUUACGUUAAGCACAUCUGCAUAUUUAGCCAGUUUGGGAUUUUCUUAGAAAUAAGAAUGUACGAAAACAGAUUAUCAUUACACACAAGGUCUAGAGCUGUUCAGUUUGAACAUACGGAUAAUUUAUUAACGUGUAACGUUGUAAAUUAUAUCUGACUGGAUUUGAUACAAGGUGCCUGCAAUCAGUCUCCAGAUAGCACCCUUCCCACCCAUGACACUUAUAACUAGUAAAUCACUCCCCCCAAGCUCUGCAGGAAGUAUUAUGAUUAUGGCAGAGCACUGAUUUGGCUGGGCUAGCCCACAGGGAAUAUUCCUUGACUUUGCACUACUUUCUGACAAGGGACAAAAUGUCUCCUCUCUACCCCUCUACUUUUGACACAAAAAAGCCAGCCAGCCACCCACAGUUAGGUCUGGGCUGGGCUCUCGGCUGACGCCUAGCAAGACGCCAAGUCCCCUGUUUGUUUGUUUGUUUUUUUUUCGGCUACCCUGGCUUGAUCACGGGCGAUGACCGUGUUCAAGCAAAAACUUAGCCGGCACCGUUUAGUAAAAUCACACAAAUCUAUAAACCUUCAUCGAUAAAUCUAAAUAAUAAGCGCAGUGGGAUCUUUAUGGACCCAUUUCGAACAGAUUUCCGAAGCGUUAUACACAAAAAGAUAAAAACUGCUAUUUUGAAAAGUAUAAAACAGCCACAACCUUGGUCAAAACGUCUUGGGACACUUGAGGAAAUUAUGCACAACUAAAUUAACUCAUAUUCUACCUCUUAAAACAGCUGGGAAGUUGUUAUAAGGGGCUAUUUCUGCUGUCCCCCUCUCCCCCCAGCAGUGUUGAUUGUGUUGAAUUGAAAAUUGAAUGCAUAACGUCAAUACUGCUCCAGGGGAAGGGGGAAGGGAAGAUGCCUAAAUUUGACGAGCUUUUACGUUAGUGUCCCAAGAGUUUUUACUAGCGUUGUAGCUGUUUCUUCUUGGGCUCCCGAGUGCCCGAAGGUCAACGGUGGAAAGCCAAGCUUUCCGAACGAGGAGCGAAGUGCAAAACAAAAAUGAAGACAGAGAAUUUAGCAAAUACAUUUUAAUCUGAUAGUUAAAGAUCAGUAGAGCUACAAGGAUUCACAGAAUAGCCCCAAAUUUAUUUCCUCUCUUUCUGUAUACUGUUUAUAUACUGUAAGCCCAACUUAUCGUCUCAAGUCCUUUAAGGACGUGGUAGUUAAAAUCAGAUCAUUUUGUUGAAUUUCAGUAGAGCUACAAGGAUUCACAGAAUAGCCCCCAAUUUUUUUCCUCUCUUGCUGUAUAUUGUAUAUGCUGUAAGCCCAUCUUGGCGUCUCAAGUCCUUUAAGGCUGCGGUAAUGUAACACAAUGACAGGAUAAUCGAAAUAACUAUUAUUAACUGUGAAUGGGUUUUUGAAAUAGAGUUUUGGACGUUCCCACGACAAACCGAACUCAUCUGGACCCUGUGCUGUAUCUGGUCACAGCUUCCAUGGAUAAUUCAUAAGUUUUUAUAAUGUAUUGUUGCAGACUGUUUCUAUGGAAAUGGGCGUGGCUACCGUGGUAACACAAACACAACCAAGUGGGGCAAGUCCUGCCUGUCUUGGGAUACACAUAAACCUGAUAAAAGUAAACUCAAUGAAAGUAUUUACGAUGAGAUAAGAAAUAGUAGUAAUUUCUGCCGCAAUCCAGGAGGUUUAAGCUCCCGCAAGCCUUGGUGCUACUUUGUCGAUGAAGGUACUGUGAAAUGGGAGUAUUGUAAUGUUCCUGGAUGUCCCAAACAACGUAAGUAUACUGACUUACUACGUAGUUUCUAAGUUUUUCAAUGACGCCACACACGAAACCAUACGUGUAGUGCAAUGUGUCUAAAUGUGUUCUCGUUAACUAAACCCUGAAUGGCUCAUCAUCAUCGUAUGUCGUUGCUAGGUAACUUGGUUACUAUACCUAUGCAAGUAAAAUUGAAUUACAGUUGUCGUAUUUCGCGCGUUUUUGGAUUGCCCGCCCCGCGGAAUAUUCCGGCUUUUCACGCCAAGAGCGGUAUGGCUUCCUUUUCGUUUACGCCUGAAUUUCACUGCACAAUUCCAAUGACAAAAAUAACGGAGAGGUAAUAAUUUUGGACAGGAUUAAUCGUACAGUCGACGACUUCAUACGAGUAGACGGGCAUCUCCUUGAAACGGACAAAUGGUACCGAUCCCAAAUGAAGCCGUCUUAAGGUGAUAUUACACGAGACGAUUGGCAACGACGAUUUCUAGCGCGACACAGCGUUGUAACAUUGUUACGACAUUGUUUCGAAUGGUUUCAACAUUGUUCCAACAUUGCAACGCUGUGAAGUUAUGAAAAUGAUAUAUCUGAACUGCGGAGUUAAUAACUACAUGAAGGAAGAUCAUCGCAGUUAUAUACGCAACUUUUUCAGUUGGGAAAAAAAAAGCCUGAAAAACAAUUCAGGCUUGCUGUGUUGCGCUAAAAAUCGUCGUUGCGAAUCGUUCAGUGUAACACCACCUUUAGACAGAGUUAACUGUAUAAACAAUCUUCCCAGCUAGGACCUUAUUUGCUAACAUUAAGUGCAAAGCGAAAAGACUUCAAACGCUUUACUUUCAAAGCGCAUAAACUGUUGUGGCUACGUAAAUGACAACUUUCUAACACAGGAAGGAUAAUUUAGACUAACCGGACCCAAAAAUUGUUUACGUUGGCCAAAAAGGGAAGAGUACAUCGUUUAUGAAAAAUUAUUGGAAGAGGCAGUGAGAGCGAAAGUGGUAAUGAUAACAUGUUACAUAAACGAAAUACUCUGUCACACUUUAACGCUCCUUUAAGAUGAACUCGAAAAAAAGACAACACUGAUAUAAAUAUUAAUUUAUUGAUUGAUUAUGUUGGGUACGAAGGACAAUAACUUUGAGCAAAUAUGGAGAGUGCAAUAAAAUGGGCUCCGUUUGCAUGCAAAAAUACGUGUUCUAUCCUCGUCACAACGCAUCAAAACUCCCCUUACAGCUUUCUUUCUUAAAUUCUGAUUAUAUAGCUCCUUCAAGCCCACCAAACGACUAUCAAGGUCACAACUUGAGCUCAACUGCAGUUAAAGUUUCAUGGGGAAAUGUUCCAAAACCUUCCAGAAAUGGAGUACUUCUUGGAUUUCAUGUACUAUGCGAGAGGCCCAACUCAACUGCAAAACAUUUUGCGAACAUCAAAUCUGGAUCUCAUAGUUGCGAGUUCAAAGGACUGGAAAAGUUCACCAAUUAUAGCUGUCGACUGAGAGCAUACAAUACUUUUGGAAAUGGUACAUGGAGUAAAAAGCUGGUGAUUUCAACUGACGAAGAUGGUAGGUUAAUAGAGAAACGUCCAUAGGUAUGUUGUUCUACAGAGAUCUAAAUGACUUACUGACUUGAUUUAGGGUGCGUUCCUUUGAGAUGAUCGUGAUCAGGAUUUAUGCUCCAAGCUCCCUCGGAACCUGCUAAAUCCGAUGUGGACAAGGAUUCGUCGGUGAAACAGAUAUAUUUUUUUCAUUCAGUGUCCUUUAUGAUUAAAUUCUAUGCUUAAUUUAAUUUGUAAGUUCCAUAGUUAGAAGGGCGAGUAAUUGGCAUUAGUACUAGACAAAGUGGAAUAGAAUCACAGCGAGCUCUCACGUCCGAUUAGAUAAUAGAUAACUACUCUGAUUACUUUAUCACUGCGUGGGUGUUUGUUUGUUUGUUUGUUUUUUCUUUGGCAGUCCUUAUAAAUAAAUAAAUAAUUAUUAUCAUUGUUUUUUUGUUUUGUUUUUAUUAUUAUCAUUCUGAGUUUUGGACCAGGUGUGAGGUCCGGGACAGAAAAAACGGUAUUUAGGGGGCCUGGGGCAGUCGGAUAUUCCAAAAAUCCUUGGAAGAUCUGAUAACUUAGAGAUACUGAGCUAUUUCUGGCGAUUUCUCUGUCCCAGACCUCGCACCGACUGAUUGCAAGAUUCAAAAGCACACUAAUUCAAAGAAAAAGUAAGUAAUCUUAAUUCAUUUAUAAUAACAUCUGUUUAGACUCCCAUGAAGCGCUCCUUUAAUCAGUGCCACUUAAAUACUCUAUAAAAUAUUAAUAGAAACAAUAUGCUAUUGGAUCAUUUUAGUUCCCAGUGCGGCGCCUGAGAGCUUGGAGGGAUGGAAUAUCAGUUCCACUAGUCUUCAGGUGCAGUGGGACCCAAUCCCUGUCGGAAAACGUAAUGGAGAAAUACUGGGAUACCAAGUGGAAGCAAGGCUAGAACAACAAAGGAUGGAAUGGAAUUCAACGGUUAACUAUACGACAAUAAGAUCAAUAGAAUUAGGCGGACUUAAAAAAUACUCUGUCUAUGUGGUCAGUGUGUACGGAGUGACACGACGAGGGAGGGGACCACCUGGUGUUUUAACUGUGCGAACAGACGAGGAUGGUAAGAUUAAUAAUAACAUUAAUCAAUAAUAAUUGAAAAUAAUGAUAAUGGUAAUUUCCCCCGCAGGGAUUCCGCCCAGAAGGCGAAAUCCUGAGGAGGAAUUUUAGUAAAUCGCGCGUAUAUGUUGUGGUUCAAUUUUAUCCUUGGUUUAAAUUUUAUUUUCUUUUGUUGCAAACUCAUUAUUAUACAUUACCAUUCCCAAAAACACAAAUGAAAUAAAAUUUGAAUUUAGGAUAAAAUUGAGCAACAACAUAUAUUUUGGAAAGUACUUACAGUUGAAACAUGCAGUCAGCAUAGUAGAAAAAAUCUCGGUUUCUAAAACAAGGACCGCAAGGAAUCGUUGGGUAACGAUGACUUUCUGCAAGUAUGAAAUGGUCAGGAAUGACAUAACACAGAAGAUACCUGAAGGGAUCGCCUGGGUUGAUUUUGUGAUGAUUGUCGCGCGCAUGAUUUAAGGUAGUAAAACAUGCCCGUACGUUUCCUUCUGGCCUAGCGUCAAGAGUUAAAAAAGAUGUCAAAACACCUAUGAGGAUGCGGACUAUUUGAUGCGUUUUUAUUACGACACAAGGAAAAACGCAUGAGUGUACCGACAUGGCCCGAGUUGCGUUAAAUACACUGGUUGCACAAACGCCAAUAAGGAAAUGUGCUGCCAUCUGUUAACUAACCGCAUGAUGUGGUCUUUCGUUUUCAUGUUUUUAGCGUCAGUAAUAUCUACAAUACAUUGGCAGUAUUAAUUCAGACUUUGUCAUUAAAGUAUUCAGUUUGUACAAAUUUAAAAUCGAUAGCAAUGCAUUGGAGUAACUCGGUACCACUAUUCUAGUUCCAGACCGCCCUCCAAGUGAGAUAACAGCAAAAGCCCUGGAGAAGGAUGUGGUUCAGCUUAAAUGGAGCCCAGUCUCUCCGAAAAAUACCAAUGGAAGGGUUCUUGGGUACAGAGUGUUCUACAGUGAUGUUCAAAACAAGUCACGAGCUAACAGUACCGUAGCUGGACCAAAAGAAACUAAUUUAAUAAUUAACGGAUUGAGACCUGGUACAAAUUACAGCUUCCAGAUGCUUGCUUUCACCUCUAAGGGCAACGGUGCCAUCAGUGCAAGCUACUUUGCUAGAACUUCUUUAGGUAUAGAACCACUUACUUACAUCUUCAAAUAGAGCAAACCUGACACCAAGUUAAAAACUCAGAAAUGCCAUAUUCAAAUAUGAAUAAAUGAUAACUCCAUAACUCUGGUGCAUGCUUUUUUCUCAGAACCCAGACAGAUUGCCAACGACUACAGAUCACCAAGCAGGACAACAGGGCUAGGUAUCCCAAGCUUAGAAAUUUGACUGAAAGUUGUGCCAAAAACAUAUCUUUCAGUUUGAAUUCUCCCCGGCUGUCGACGCAAACUUGAGUCAAUGAUUUUUCUUACUUAUAUUUCGUGUGACAGGAACGGGAGCUACAGUAGCAGCAAGUGUCGUACCUGGUAUAUUUGCUCUCGGAGCGGUUUUCCUUGCAAUCCAUUUCGCCAAGAAGAGAGGGUUCCUGGCCUUUAACGACAGAAAUAGUAAGUAAAUUUUGAUAGAAAUUGUAAGUGGUAUGAUUUGGAGCCACGCUCUGGAGCUAAGAGACACCUUUGGCUUCAUAAGGGCGCUUUAAUACACCUAAUUUCUGUUACAAUUUCUGUACUCUUUAGAGUUUUCCUUACUGCUUACAUUUUCAGAUUUUCUUAAUUGUCUGACUGCUUACUCUUCUAAUUUUAGAUCUCAAUAACCCGAUUUUACUGUCGUAUUUGACAGAAAUAUGAUGUUAAUAAGCGCACGCAGAUUCUUCAACACAAAUAACCAUUCACGCUGACUUUUCAUUCCAAUUUACUUAAAACCUCUUAUGGUUCUUAUGGUUUCAUACGAUUACUUCGAGUCGUUCUUACUCCCUGAGUAACUGAGGGAGUAAAAACUACUCGAAGUAAUCGUCUGAAAUUCAGGCUAUUGACCUGGGGCGGAUCCAGGAUUUUUCUUAGGAGGGGGUGCAUUCGUCUCUUGCUGUACUUCAACACCAAUAAACCACAUAGUUUUUUUUUUUGCAGAAUAUCAGUUGUAUUAGAAAACCGCAGGUCAUCUCGGGGGGGAGGGGUGCGCACCCCCUGCACCCUCCCCCUAGAUCCGCCUCUGUUGACUUAUUUCUGCCAUUAGUAAAUUAACAUUUGCUUUGCAGAUUUAAUUCCUACUAUAACACCAUACGCCACAUCACCACCGGACUGGAUUGAUAGAAUCAUUGCUAAUAGACACGGAUACGAAACACUUGAUGAUGAAAAUGUUCCCACCACACCUCGUCGCCAUCCCUACGUCAACAUUGCUCCUGAUGGCUCCCUAAACAUUCCUCCGUUCUUGAGGGAAAUCGUAAUUGAGUUUGAACAAGCGUAUGAAAACACGCGCUACAAAAGGCUUCAAAGGUUAGUACAAUAUAUAAUAAGGAUACCCGUUUGCUGCAAGAUAACUUCUUAAAAUUAGGUGAUAAGGAAAGUCGUGUUGCAGCUUUUGUUUUGAGAUUUUCAGUUAUGGGCGGGUUUUGUCAUAAGGAAAAGACCGGCCAGGCAGACUAUCCAAAGUAAAAUGGAACCGACAACAACAACAACAACAACAACAACAAUCUUUUUGCGGUUUGAAUUAAAAUCGGAAAAGGAUCUACCAGCAAAUAGCAAUAGCUAAUCGAGACGAGUAGAUAGAUUAGUAUCAAAUACAAUAGAUAACAAAGUUACGGUUUCGGUACAAGAAAGUGGAACAAAUAUCACGAUCCAACUUGUGCGCAUCAGACCUCCUCAAGGACACUGUUCAUGGAUUCUACCCUGAUCAUUCUUGAGUGGUCGGACGUUUUGGUUACUCUCCGGUAUUACUAUUCGAUCAGAACAUAUCUGAAGGAUCGAGUUAGAUGGGUCAAAGGGGACCAUUGUCGAAAGUAAAACGAAGCCUUCCAUCGGAAUUUCGGCAAAAUGAGAACCAUGCACCUUUGUUUCCUAGAUAUAAAGGAAAUGCCAAAGCCUCUGCGAACAAUAAUCCCUGACUGGUACAAAAAAUCUGACAUCACUAAUCAGUCAUAAUGUUAUGGAGGUAUGUUCAUUUUUGCAGAAAACGAAGAUCCCUUGAACAAAUCGCAGGGAAAGAUGGCAAACCCAAAUACGAUAAGCUAGACAGAGGGCUAUCUUACUACAAUGCUUUUCACCAACAGAAUAACGACAGCCUCAACGUCCCCCCAGGAUUUACUACUACAGAGGCUUUAAGAGACAACAACAACCACUCUAUCGAUUUGAGUGAGCUACGAGAGUUUAUGCGGGCUUCUGAACGUGAUGUUUGCAGUAAGGAGAUGAUAAAGAUGGGCGUUGCAGAACAUUCUUAUUCAACGAAUUUUCAUCGCCGUCGCUUCUCGGUUGACCUGGGUGAAGUGAGGGAGUUUAUUUCACUGAGAGAAAUGAGGAUUCAUUCAGAAGAUGAAAGCACAGUAUGA